UUAGUUUUUAAGUGUAUGUUAUGCAUAUUGGCUGGUAUUUUGGCAAACAUGCUUACUGAGUCACUCGCGUAGAUUAGGUGUUUGGUAGGUUUUCGCUUUGGUAAAAAAAAAAAAAAAAACUCAUCAUAGUAGAGGUGCUUCUUAUUCAACAAGUUUUCCCCAAAGUUGAUUACUCUUACUAGACCAAGGCCUCGUUGAAAUUAGGCGCUGAUGCUACUUUUGUGAUCGGCCUCUUUUUGAUUUUUCUCAUAUUUGUGAUGUAUGAAGCUUCAUUUUACAAGAAAUUUUGAGGUUGUUAUGGGUUCCCAAAUAAUGGGUUUUUCUGUUUCUGGAAUUCUAUUGAGGUUCCUUAUUUCAAUAUUUAUCCAAAUUUUUUCCUUUCCGUUUUAUAAUCAAAGAUGGAUAAAAAGAUAGUUGAGGACGGAGUUCAGAAUGUUUCAGAUUUUAACUCUAAAAAGAUUCUUAUCGGUGGUGAGAAGUCAACUGCUCUAUCUCCUGCUCCUGUGAAAAAGCUGGGAAUAAUUGAAAACAAGAUUUUGGAAUCUAAUAAGAUUGCAUGUCAGACCCCUGAGAAGAUAAAUGAGACUUUACACCAUAAAGUCCAGGAAGGAGAAAUCAAAAUUCCAGACAAAUAUAGGAUAAUAGCAGAGCUCUUUGAUUAUAUGAAUUUUUCCUUGAGGUUACUUGGUCUGUUUAAAAGGAUAGCUACUUUUCAAAAUAUUUCUACUCAAGUGGAAGUUCUUUCAAAAAGAAAUUUCUCAUACAAGCAUCUUGCACAGAUGAAAUAUAUAUUUCCUGAAGCCUUCCAGAUAGAGAAGAUUCUCUUACAUGACAAGAAAACUCUAUGCAUGAAGCCUUAUAUGAAGAUAACCUUGCUGUUUGAUGUCGUGGAAGGUCACUGUGAGGUGUCGGAUUUUGUGGCUUUACGCCGAGUUUUUUCUUUGAGGCUUUAUAAAUUUUUUAUGAUGAAUCCUGAGGCUAGUGAUGUUCCAGAGGCUAUAUUGCCAGAGCUUUUUACACAAAGAUGUCAGAUCCCCGUUCCAGCGAAACUGCCUGUGGAUUCUCUUUUAGAAUCUCAACCAACUUCCAUUAGAACUGAGAUUUUUGCAGAAAAAGUCCUUCCAUAUUUCAGUAAAAAUUUCUCUCAGAGUGCUGCUGUUUCUGAAACUGGCAUAUGUUCCGUAUCUAAUAGCAUCUCUGAUGAAGAUAAAUGGACUGGACAGUUGAAGGAAACUCCUGGAACAGGAUCCGAAUCCACCCAUAGGAACCCUGAAGUAGAAAACCAUAAUCAGUGCUCUGUAGGUCCUAGCACAUAUGGAAGCCCUCUGGUCAAGCUUACCUCAUCUGAUGAUAGUUUUAGGACAGAAACACCUGCCCAGUCCAUACCAAGUAGAUUGGUUCCUAGUUGCGAUAACAAGCAGAAGUUGAUAAGCAGUCGGAAACCAACAUCAUGUUUGAAGCCUGCGAAACGAGUUUUGGACUUUUCACACUCGGAAGGUGAUAAAAGUGCAUUGAGUUACAGUGAUGAUGAGUCAAAAUGUUACAAAAGUGUACACCAAGACAUCCCUCGAACUUACGAAGGAUUUUUUGGGGAUGAAAAUGCUAUAGGCUCUUCAUCCUCACUACAAGAGUUAUUGCAAUCACAGAUGGCAGAGAGCUUUUGUUGCCCUAAUGAGGAUUGCAAUCAAACACACGAAUUAAACAGCCAAGAUAGUUCCGGUUGCAUGGGUGACAUGGUUGGUCUAAUUCACUCUAUAUUCAAGUCUGUCAAAUACACUCCAAUUACAAAAGAGGAGCUUGUGCACAAGAUAAUUAUGAAUAAUUUUGAUAUUGUUGACAAAAGAGAAGUUCAGGAGCAUAUUGAUCAUCUUGAAAAGCUUGUUCCAGAUUGGAUAAGAAGGAAGAUGGCCCCUAGUGGAGAUGUUAUGUACAACAUCGAGGAAGUGUCAGAUCUGGACUCAGUUCGAGCAAAAGCUCAUUAGUUCUUAGCAUGCGACAGUCUUGCAACAAUCAAGGGAGUAAACAUGUAGCAAUGUCUUUCUUUUAUCAUAUUCUAUGCUAAAAUAGCAAACUGCAACAUUUAGUUUUUGUUUAUGUUCUAAUUUUUCAAGCAAACUUUUAAUGUACUCCCAGUUGAAAUCAAAGCAAGUUGAUGAUUCUUCUAA